CGAUCAUUCAGUGACUCAUGGUUCUUUUCGUUCUGGAUGUAGUUUCUCUGUAUUUUCAACGUGGCAGAUUGAACGUAGAAGUGAUGACUCGUCUUUUGUUCUCCUUCGUUUAUCUUCUGAAGUAGAUUAAUGAUCAACGAAGAUGACGCGAAGUAGUGUGAGCAAGGGGCAACAGGAUCCUCCUCAGCUGGGCCAACUGUUCCAGCUGAUAGACGCUGGUGAUAACAAGGCAGCUGUCAAACUAGCCGACCAAUCUCUGGAGCCACCGAAAGCCAAGAAAAACAAAGUCGCCGCUCCAGUACUUUCUUAAGGCUCAAUGAUGUUUUUCUUAUUUCAUUUCCACAGGUCACUUGUCUCUGUUUUCUUCUUGGAAUACCGAGAAAAUGAGCCCAAGAAAUGAACUAGUUUGAGCUCUAAUUUUGUGAAGCGGAUGCGCAACGAGUACGCAUCUUGAAGAGUAUUGCAUCGUUCCGGUUGGCAGGAGGAUGCAGUGUCAUAUUCAGCAAUGUAGUUGGAUCGGGGAAGGCUGGAAGCUCAGUGGAACUCAAGAAGGGAGGAGGGAGCAGCAGUUCAUCGAGUGGAACUGUUAUGAGCUUUUUUGCAAGCAUUUGCCUAUCUCUGGUCUUGGAUGGUCCUUUCUUGAAUUUAACAAGUACAACGUUGGUUCAUCUUCAUCCAGGAGAGAUUAGGAGCUUGGAAAACACGAACCACACCGACACCUCUCUAAAUCCGCAAAAGAUCACCAGUUCGCGGAUAUUGCUGUCCUAACACAGCGACAGGAGGAUCUUAGCGACGCAAUCGAGUCUAUGUGCACAAAGGCCUUUCCAGUGAAAAGCUAUCGCGCUGCACUCUUACUUGAAUAUUUCUUCACGUCUGCGCUCCACUGUUGUCCCGUUCUCCCGUCGCCAACAAAGGAAAUGCAACAAGUAACUGAGGCACUGGAGCAAAGCAAGGAUGCGGAAAGCUCUGUAGACUUAUGCUUCAUGAAAAACUGCUGGAUGUUGAUGUAGCUUACCUGAUGUAGUGCCGAUAAUUUUCUCUUGAGGUUAUUUGAGGGUCAUUGGGAUCAAUUGCAGAUAGCUACAAUUUGCAUGAGCGGGCAUUCCGACGAGAGGAUUACUUGAUGGCUAAGGCGUAAGUAGAUGCAGGAUCCUCCACUUCUAACACUCGCCCAACAAGCCAUAUGGAUGCGGUACUUGUGGGCUGGUCAGUACCAACAGGCGCAAUCCUUAGCCAUGAAGCUGUACUCCAAAUGGAAGCAUGCAUUUCCAAGGUUCAUCGAUUACAUUGUGCUAAGCGCACUGCUUCAACCUGACGCAAAUCUUGGCGUUGCAGAACGGUUACUGGAACAAAGAAAUCCAGGAGAAUUGGUAUAUUCAAACGCUUCUUGCAGCUGGCUGGGUCUAGAGAUAUGUUUUUUUCUCGUGAUGAAAACAAAGUUCACGAGACUUUUUUGUUAAUCUUUGGUUUAGGUUUGGUGGAAACGUGAGCGUUUUUGUAUCACCUACUUAAUUCGAAAACAACCUAACAACACCAGCCUGCGGAUUUGCUCGCAAAGGGAGGCAGUCCUGAGUUGAUUGAAGCAAGACGGGAACGAUUUCGUCACGCGCUUUUCCAAGCUUCCAUACUUUAUCGCAAAGACGGUCCUGAAAAGUGUAUGGAUUUUCUCUCAGAACAACAAAAAAAUGGCGUCCUGCUGAUGGACACUCGCGACGUCAAUUACCUCUGCGCUAGUGUCUUGCUCUCACGUUCUACGAAGUCGAAGUCAGAUAAAGGCGUAGAAGAGGUUGUCAAUCAACAAGCCAUAUUAGACCUCCUGAAGCCUUUGGAUUCAGCGAAGAAACUGCGUCGUGCAAGACAAGCUGGCUAUCGCUAUGUUGUAGGCGAUGACUUAAGCAGCGGGUCGACGCCCAGUAGAGGACUCUUCGUCCGACUGCUCGCGAGCCUCGUUCAGCAGAAUAAUCCGAAGUUAGAGGCUUUGGGUGUACCAUCAGCAGCUGCAGAUUUGGAAAAGCAGCUUCCCGCGAAGGCACGAGAAAUUCUGGAGAAAGAGCGUCUAUUUCUCACGAUUUCCCUUGCGCUGCUGUGUUUUCCAGAGAAUAGCAUGGAGUUGCGCGCGUUCCUGGUAGCUGAAGACCUCUGGGUGAGUCGGUUUUUACCGUUGGCAGUGGAAUUCGUGUGGCAAUUUUGUCUCGGACCUGACGCUAGAGGGAAAGGGGGGCAUGUGUUUCUAGAAGCGACAGUGAAAGAAGUCUUGUAUAGGAAAUCAAGCCUGGGGAGGACUUCUACCGAACACUCUGAAUCUAGUCCAAGUGGUAGCUCGCCAAAUACAUCAAAAGAGGAGCUCGAUAAAAAAGUUCCUGCUGCCGUGGAGAAGAUCUUCGUGAAUGUCGCUAGAUAUCGCUUCCCGAAGUUCGACGACUUGCCGUUUUUGAAAGCUUCUAUCGAGAGUGCGGAUACCUCGAAAAUCGCGCGUGAUGAUCUACUUUUUGUUUAUGGAAUUACCGAAGCAGAACGAAUCUUGAAAACGCCCAGUAGCAGUAACAACGCCCAAGAAGAUAAAGAACAACAAAAGAGCGCGGGAUCAAAAUGCAUCCGUCAAGACGAAGAAUUGGUCAAACUCCGCGAAUUUCUAGAAUCAAAGCAGUCUCAGGUCGAAGCGGAAGUGCGUCGUUGUAGCACCCUAGCAAUACUGGUGGAGGCGCAGAGAAGUUCGGGCUCGUCUCCUAGUGGUAAUAUGACAUCUUCUUCUUCUUCUUCUUCGCCUAGUGGUUCGUCGACAAUAAAAGCGGAAACAUCUUCUACAACUGAGGAGGAUCCGGUCUUGCGUCUCUUCAACCAUUUGGAAAUAAAGAACAUCUUGUUAUCGUCAAGGGUCACCGCGUGCGUGUUGGAGCAUCUUUUCUAUCAAGGAGGCGCGGGAAACUUGACCGCUGCAGAAGUGCUGCGACAGAGAGUUUGCAGGUGGCACAGCGAACAGUUUCACGAUCUAGAUACGUUGAUGCAACAGUCCGUCGACUCCUCAGCGAAUCCGGACCGCCUUGCAGAGUCUCUGGCCCAUGGCCGCACUCUUCAACGCAGUCUGUCCUUAGCACAUGCGAAACUUAUUGGCGUACUGUUGCAGAUGCAUCAUUCGGGGAUUACAGUGCGUCCAACGUGGCUCCAUGCUCUAGUGGCGAUGAGAAAAAAGAGCGGAGGGAAGGAGGAGAGCAAAGCCACUAACGAGGAGACGAAAAAAAAUCAUGUUGGUUAAGGCUCAACGUUACUGUUUGAUGGGUCAUAAAUAGUGCAUUUUCGAAUCGCGAGGCCAUCAAAGCGACUUUGAUGAAGCAUUUUGAACUUCAUCUUUUAAAUCGACUGAUCGAAGAUGAUUUAACCAUAGCCAGACAGGCAUUUUAGAACUUUUGAUACAGGCUACAUGCUCAUGAUCGUGAGCCAUAAAUAGGUAGUUUUUCUCAUCAUUGAAAUAGGGACAAUCAUCAUCAUUCUAAUCUGAGAAGACGUUGCCUUACGUGGCCCUUCCACCAUGGUCCCAAACACAUGCGGCUGGCGUCCUCAACGAGGUCUUUCCAGCACCGUCCCAAAGAAUUGAUGCCGACAACCCAGUAAGCGAGCUGUUGCCUCUUAUUCUACCGUUGGAAGAACAGCAUGGACAGAACACUAUUUGUGAAGGGUUGCCACAUAAGGAUGGACUUACGAUGCCUGCAGUCCUGCAGCCGGAUCUUGAGCAGAAAAUGCGAGACCGUUUGCUUGCGCAACAGAUCCUUUUUCUGGCAGAAUGUCGCGAUCCCGAUCAGCUGGAGAAUCUUCUCGUACAAGAACCUUGUGCAAGUAGUAGUCCACCUUCAGCUGAUAGUAACGUCAAGCAAGAAGAAGGUGGAAAAAUUAAAACAGUGCUUCUAUCCCUCGCGCGUGCAUUGGUUCAUGCGCUUCGGCAGGACUACGAGCGUGUUACUGACGAGCUCAGUGAGUCACUCGUUGGAGAAGAAACUGGCCAUAUGAAUGUUAACGCCUCUAAUGUGGCUAUAUACUACAGUACCUAAUUCAUAUUGAUGUCCCGUCAUAGAAAGGGCUGAGACCUCUUCUUUCUCAGUAUUUACCGGUUGUUUGCUUCGUGUCAGGGAAGAUUGAGAAAAUCCACCUUCAAAUUUUCGAACGAUGUUCAUGAUAUAUGAUUCACAAGAACGAACUCUAAGAAAAGCGAGCAUGUCGAGAGCAAGACAGAAAACGCGGCGGGCGGUGGGGUAGCGCGGCCUUUGCGACGAGAAUUGACCCUUGGCCUAAUUGUAGACCCGACGUACUCGAAAUCAGAAACACCGGAACCGUUAGAAAAAUCCGAGACAACUACGAAAUCUGUGGCCUCAUGGCCUCACUAUUGGGACAGUUUAGUACCUACACGUCUGCUGGUGCUGCUCGCUCAAUUGUUGCCCAAGAGCAAGAACAAAAAAACCCCUCUUGGCGUUCUGCGAUCUACGCUGCGCUCGUUUUUGAGUGCGAUUGCAGAGACGGAGCAGACACUUUCUAAGCAGCCCACGCAGUUGUCCUAUGCUUACGCGCGUAGGGCGCGACAGAUACGGGAAAUGCAGUUCAAACCGUAGUAUUUAGAUGCUCGCAGAAGUUUCGAACGCGAAUGAAUAAAGAAGUAUGACGGAGUUCAACAAGCCCUAACGAAUGAAACAAUUAUAACGCCAAUGAACAAUUGAGCUCAACAAAUCAUACUGGAUAAAGAGUAUCAAACCCAGAUGAUGGGUGAAGCCUUCCACACGUCUACCCUCAGAGACUGAAACCUCGGCUACUCGGUAGUCCCCACCAGGGUAUAUUUGCCAAAGUUAAGUUCUGAUAUCAUGAAGCAU